CGGGCCGCGGGGCACAUGCCAUGUGACGUGACCCCACCGCCACUCCCUUCCCUCACCUACAGCUGUUAAUUUGCUCCCUCGUCUCCUCUCUCUACGCUGCUUCUUUCUUCCUGCUGCUUCUCUCUCUAGCUGCCCAUCUCUUGCUCACUCCCUCCUUCCCCCACUCUCCCCUCCCCCUCCUCUCUCUCCUCCUAUCUCGUCGGCUCCUCCACCUUCCGCGACCCGCUUCUUUAAUGGUUUUAAGAUAGUGUGCUAGCUCAUGGAAUCUUUGGGGUUGGUGACGGUAGUUUCGCUGUUCGUCGUCGUAGCGGUUUCCGCCGCCGCCGCCGACGACGACGCCCAGAUGCUGGAGCAGUUCAAGGCGGCGGUGCCGAGCCAUCCGGAGCUCCGAGGGUGGAGCGCCGCCGAAGGCGCGUGCAGGUUCCCCGGCGCGGGCUGCAGGGGCGGGAGGCUCACGUCGCUGUCGCUCGCCGGCGUCUCGCUCAAUGCCGACUUCCGCGCCGUCGCGGGCACCCUGCUGCAGCUGGGCAGCCUUGAGGUGCUCAGCCUCCGCGGCGCCAACGUCAGCGGCGCGCUGGCCGUGGCGGGGGGCGCCAGGUGCGGGAGCAAGCUGCAGACGCUGGACCUGUCCGGGAAUGCUGGGCUCCGGGGCUCCGUCGCCGACGUGGAGGCUCUGGCCGCCGUCUGCGGCGGGCUGAGAACCCUGAACCUCUCCGGCGAUGGGGUUGGUGUGAAGUCUGGCGGCGGUGGCGGCUCGGGAUUUGCCGGGCUAGACGCUCUUGACUUGUCCAACAACAAGAUCUCCAGCGACGGAGACCUCCGGUGGAUGCUGGGUGCCGGUGUGGGGUCAGUCCGGUGGCUGGACCUCUCCGGAAACAAGAUCUCUGGCGGGUUCACGGAGUUCACCAACUGCUCUGGGCUGGAGUACCUCGACCUCUCCGGUAACCUCAUCGCCGGCGAGGUGGCCGGCGGGUCCCUAUCCAACUGCCGUGCCUUGAGGACGCUUAACCUCUCAGGCAACCACCUCGUCGGUGCGUUCCCGCCGGACGUCGCCGGCCUCACGUCGCUCACCAUGCUCAACCUGUCCAACAACAACUUCUCCAACGAGCUCCCCGGCGACGCUUUCACCGGGCUGCAACAGCUCAAGGUGCUCUCCCUCUCCUUCAACCACUUCAACGGCAUCAUCCCGGCUUCCGUGGCCGCGCUGCCGGAGCUCGAUGUGCUCGACCUCAGCUCCAACCACUUCUCCGGCACCAUCCCUUCGUCCAUCUGCCAAGACCCCAACUCCAGCCUCCGCAUGCUGUACCUCCAGAACAACUACCUCACCGGCUCCAUCCCGGAGUCAAUCUCCAAUUGCACCAGGCUCGAAUCUCUCGACCUCAGCCUCAAUAACAUCAACGGGUCCCUAUCUGCAUCCCUCGGCGCGCUCGGCGAGCUCCGGGACCUCAUCCUGUGGCAGAACGAGCUGGAGGGCGAGAUACCGGCGUCCCUGUCAAGCAUGCAGAAGCUCGAGCAUCUCAUCCUCGACUACAACGGACUCACUGGCAGCAUCCCGCCGGAACUGGCGAAGUGCAAGCAGCUGAAUUGGAUAUCCUUGGCGAGCAACCGGCUGUCCGGGCCCAUCCCGUCGUGGCUCGGGCAGCUCAGCAACUUGGCCAUCUUAAAGCUCAGCAACAAUUCCUUCUCGGGGCCAAUACCAUCGGAGCUUGGGGACUGUCAGAGCUUGGUUUGGCUGGACUUGAACAGCAAUCAGCUCAAUGGGUCGAUACCGGCGGAGCUGGCAAAGCAUUCUGGGAAGAUGACCGUCGGCCUCGUCAUUGGGCGGCCGUAUGUGUAUCUUCGCAACGACGAGCUGAGCAGCGAGUGUCGCGGCAAGGGGAGCUUGCUAGAAUUCACCAGCAUCCGAUCGGAAGACCUCAGCCGGAUGCCGAGCAAGAAGUUGUGCAACUUCACUCGGAUGUACAUGGGGAGCACGGAGUAUACCUUCAAUAAGAAUGGAUCCAUGAUAUUCCUGGAUUUGUCAUUUAAUCAGCUUGAUUCAGAGAUCCCGAAGGAGCUUGGGAACAUGUACUACCUCAUGAUCAUGAAUCUUGGGCACAACCUACUGUCUGGCGUCAUCCCACCAGAACUAGCCGGUGCCAAGAAGCUUGCGGUACUCGACCUGUCGCACAACCAGUUGGAAGGGCCUAUACCUGGCUCUUUCUCCUUACUGUCCUUGUCUGAGAUCAACCUGUCCAAUAAUCUGCUGAAUGGGUCGAUUCCGGAGCUCGGUUCACUUGCUACAUUCCCCAAGAGCCAGUAUGAGAAUAACUCUGGUCUUUGUGGCUUCCCGCUGCCGGCAUGCGACCACAAUGCUGGGCCAAGUGCUUCCGACGAUCACCAAUCACACCGGAAGCAGGCAUCACUCGCGGGUAGUGUUGCUAUGGGACUCUUGUUCUCCCUGUUCUGUAUAUUCGGAAUUGUCAUCAUAGCCAUAGAGAGCAAGAAGCGGAAGCAGAAGAAUGAAGAGGCAAGUAGCUCCCGUGACAUAUACAUUGAUAGCUGCUCACAUUCUGGUACUAUGAAUUCCAAUUGGAGACUUUCCGGUACGAAUGCCCGCAGCAUCAACCUUGCUGCAUUCGAGAAGCCACUGCAGAAACUCACCUUGGGUGAUCUUGUUGAGGCCACAAAUGGCUUCCACAAUGAUAGCCUAAUCGGCUCUGGUGGCUUUGGGGAUGUCUACAAGGCCCAGCUCAAGGAUGGGAGGAUUGUCGCAAUCAAGAAGCUAAUACACGUGAGUGGCCAGGGUGAUCGGGAGUUUACUGCAGAAAUGGAGACCAUUGGCAAGAUCAAACACCGCAACCUUGUUCCUCUCCUUGGCUACUGCAAGGUUGGUGAUGAGCGGCUGUUGGUGUAUGAUUACAUGAAGUUUGGCAGCCUGGAGGAUGUGUUACACGACCGCAAAAAGACCGGGAUGAAGCUGAAUUGGACAGAAAGGCGAAAGAUCGCAAUCGGGGCUGCAAGGGGAUUGGCAUUCCUCCACCACAACUGCAUUCCACACAUCAUCCACCGAGACAUGAAGUCAAGCAAUGUGCUGAUUGAUGAGAGUUUGGAAGCAAGGGUAUCUGAUUUUGGUAUGGCGAGGAUGAUGAGUGUGGUGGACACACACCUGAGCGUGUCCACUCUUGCCGGCACGCCGGGGUAUGUGCCACCCGAGUACUACCAGAGCUUCCGAUGCACCACCAAGGGUGACGUGUACAGCUAUGGUGUUGUAUUGCUUGAGCUACUCACCGGGAAACCUCCGACGGACUCAACAGACUUCGGCGAGGACAAUAAUCUUGUAGGAUGGGUCAAGCAGCACACAAAGUUGAAGAUCACCGAUGUGUUUGAUCCUGAGCUGCUAAAGGAGGAUCCAACCCUGGAGCUUGAGCUGCUGGAGCACUUGAAAAUUGCUUGUGCUUGCUUGGAUGACAGGCCAUCGAAGCGGCCAACAAUGCUAAAGGUUAUGACAAUGUUCAAGGAGAUCCAGGUCGGAUCAACGGUCGACUCAAAGACCUCGUCGGCAUGCACGGGAUUGAUCGAUGAUGGAGGUUUCGGGGUCGUGGAGAUGACCCUAAAGGAAGAGAAGGAGGAGAAGGAUUAGAGCGACCACCAACACGCAAGAAACUGCCCACGGUGAGCCGCAGCUACACCGCCCGCUAGAGGCAAAAUGCCCGUAGGAAUCAGUUCGUCAGGUGAUACCAUUUGAAGUUUCUUCGUGAGCUUAGCAUUCCCUUCUGAUGGUACAAGACAAAAGUUUUCCCUCGUACCUUCGUCAGCAGUUGUUAUGUACCUAUGGGAGUAGGCCUAUUUUCAUUUCUUUUUUCCACCUUUGUUCAUCUCUUCUCAUCACACUUCAGGAAGAGAGCUUUGUAUGUACAUAUAUAAAUGGUGAAUUUUCUUCGGUGCAAAAUCCACUUGGUCCAUUUCUCACUGUCAAAUUUUACCCUCUUGCGGUUUAACAGUGUUGUAAAUAAGUCGUACUCAAUGUACAUCAGUACAUCAAAAUGCAUCAACAA